GUGGCCUCGCUACCAUGGCUUGCAGUACCAUCGUACGUCUAACUUUUAGUCCGCCCUUGCACAUACGUCGCCGUGCAGCUCUGCCGGUACGUGAGCGCUUGUCAAGGCUCUCUGGCGGCUGUCAGUGGUUCCCUGCCUUGCAUCUGCACCAUACGAGUGUUCUUUCACCCACAUGUUAUCAGCCCACCCACUCGGCCGCUGGGGACGGCCACUAUCUCAAGUUUCUUCGUCUUAUGUUGGAUGUAUCAGGUUCGAGGAGGUUUUGGUUUGUUGAAUCCUUCGUUUCUGCAUUGAGCGCCUCGUUUGCUCGGAAAAUUAUUACCUCCUUCAUUGUACUUUUGACUUCAGCAGUACACGGCGGCUUUGCAUAUCCGGGUCACUCUGCGGACAUUGGUCUUUAUUGGUUGAGAAAGAUCGACCGGACUUUUAUUAUUAUAUCGCGCAAGUCUACGCCGAUCCAGGAUGAAACCGGCCAUAUUAACGAGCUUCCUGAUAUCUGCCGGCCUGGCUGCUGCUUCGCCGUUGGCUACUCGGAGCCUCAUCAACGAUGCUGCUGGGCAGACUUUCGACUAUGUUGUUGUUGGCUGUGGCGUCUCGGGUCUGGUUGUCGCCUCUCGUUUGAGUGAGAACGAAGAUGUUACGGUGCUCUGCCUCGAGGCUGGGUCCCUGUAGGUGCUCCGUACUCUGGUGGCAAAGGCAUGAGGCUAACAGCAGUACAGCGAUCACUAUGAAGACGACAUUAUGAUCCCGUACUACAUCGGCCUUCAGCCUGAUGGCUUCUACGAGUGGGGUAUCUACACCGUGCCUCAAGAUCAGCUGGAUGGACAGAGCCGUCACAUCCCUAUGGGAAAGGGGGUCGGUGGCGGUAGUCUCAUCAACGGUAUGGUCUGGAACCGAGGCAAUCAACAGAGUUUCAAUGCUUGGAACGAUGUUGGUAAUUCAGGGUGGGGCUGGAACGCCCUUUUACCAUAUUUUGCAAAGUCUGAGACGUAUACGCCUAAGAACUACUCUGGGGCAGAGGUGCAACCCGAACUUCAAAACCCCAAUGUCCAUGGUGAUACUGGCCCAGUUCAGGUUUCAUAUCCUAACUAUUACUGGCCACAAACCAACAACUGGUUCGAGGCACUACACGAACUAGGAAUCCCGACUUCAGCUGAACCUAACGAAGGUCUUACUGCUGGGGGCUAUUUCUUGCCGUUGGAUAUUGACCCGAACAACCAGACACGGUCAGACGCCCGUCGCUCGUACUACGACCCGAAUAUCGCACGCAAUAACUUCAACGUUCAGCCAGACUCUCAAGUCACCAGGAUUUUGUUCGACCAAGAUGAUCAGCUGACAGCCAUCGGGGUCGAGUUUGCGACUGGACCGUCUGCACCACGACAGACAGUCUAUGCACGACGGGAGGUCGUCCUUUCCGCUGGCGCAAUCCACAGCCCUCAAAUCCUUGAGCUCUCUGGGAUCGGACAGGCCUCUGUCCUUGAGCCGCUUGGUGUCACCGUGCUUGAGAACCUUCCAGGUGUUGGCAACAAUCUACAGGACCAUGGCAUGAUCCACUUGGACUACAACUACACGAGCUCCUCCAUCCAGAAUGUCAAUUCGUUUGCAAGCAACGCCACAUUCAACGACGAGUCUGCUGCAGAGUAUUACGGCAGCAAGACAGGCCCCUGGACAGCAAAGCCCAGCUGUGCUGUUGCAUUUCCCUCGCUCAAUCAAGUGACUGACGCCGCUUCGUCUAUGCUUGCUUCCGCAAGCUCUGCGCCAUACAACUUGCCUUCAACGUACGACGACGAGCCAAGCUUGCAAGCUGGCUACGAGCGACAGAUUGCCACUGUGCUUUCGGAGCUCGCCGACCAGAAUAUCCCUGCUUUCGAGAACUUGAACAACAAUGCUGGAGGGCUGGACCUGGCUCUCAUGCGCCCGUUAUCCAGGGGCACCACUCACAUCAGAUCAACCGAUCCUUUCGCCUCCCCCAACGUAGACCCUCGAUGGCUGGUCCACCAAUUCGACUAUGAUGUUAUGAUACUGGCCAUGCAGACCAACCAGCGUAUCCUAAACACGAAUGCCAUCAAGACUCUUCAACCGUCAUAUGCACAGAUACCUCAAGACGCCUCUGUCGAGCAGCUGGGACAGAUUUUGCUGGCAGGCAUUGGCACAGAAUACCACUACUCCUGCACGACAGCGAUGUUGCCGCGCGACAUGGGCGGUGUCGUUGACGAGAAUCUGAUUGUUUAUGGGACGAACAACCUCCGAAUCGUUGACACCGGUGUCUAUCCGAUGGUUCCGGGAGCACAUUUACAAGCCGUCGCAUAUGGCGUAGCAGAGAAGGCGGCCGAUAUCAUCAAGGCUGCCCAGUGAGCAUUUGGCGUCGGAAGCAGCCAUCUUUUUGUGACUAUUCUCAACAUACGACACGUACCGACUGUGGGGAGUGGGUUUGAUCAGGGUACAGGGGAUAUGGAAGGGGCGCCCGGUUGGUUUUCAUUGGCUCUCCUGGUCACUGGAUGAAAAAUGUCUAAUGUCUAUUAUGAUAAUGAAGAUGGGUCUGGUAAGAUGUAGACACACCGUCGGGAUAUGUUGAGACCGGAUGGAACUCAAAAGUGAUGAUUUCCGAAGAACAUAGAAGUAUUCCGUAGAACUGUACUCGGUACGGUGUUUCUGAACAGUGUAAAAGGAGCGGUUCAGGUUCGACAUGAAUUCGAUGGCUG